AUGGGUCGCAUGACUCGUCUCUGGAUCGCUUUGCUCGCUGCUACAGCGGGUGUAUCGAAUGCCGCGGUCACCGUUUACCGAGUUGGCGACCAUGGUGCAUAUGCCUCUACGACGACUACGGCGGCGGCUGCCGGCUAUACGGGAAGCGCAGCGUACGAUCCCACGGUCCUGGAUCCUCCUCCGCCUCCUGAGCAAUUGAACCGUGAAUUCGUGGUAUUGGAAGAUCUCGUUAAGCUACCGCAAGCUGAACCGAAUGGCACAAGUGGACCUAUACCGGGCUCGUACCUUGGAUUUUCGAUAGAACUAUCGGUCGCGAACCGCGUUAUCGGAAAGAACUCUUCAGUACUAGCCGUGCCAUUUCUGAACCACAUGGCAAACGUCGCCAACCGAGUGGGUGCGGUCCGUGUCCGAGUAGGGGGAAACAAGAGCAACACGACGACAUGGACUCCGCACGUCGAAUUCGCACCCGACCUCGUCAAGAUGCUCGCCAACUACGCCAGCCUAGUCAAAACCGAGAUCCUCCUGGGACUCAACUUUAUGGACUUGGAAAAACACAUCGAACCAAGAGGCCUUUGCGGGUCUGGCGGAAGAGACGCUGGGUUCCAAUUUGCACGGUAUCGCACUCGGGAACGAGCCGGACUUCGUUUCACUAACGAGCUCAAGAUUGUCACGGUGCAGCGGUACCCCGACAACAACUGCGACCGCAACGAAAACCCCCACCCGCUCUUUGCCAACUACCUCUCCCACGACCAAAUCACCCAACACGCCGCAGAAUAUAUCGAAUUCUCCCGCGUGGUCCAAGCGGCAGGAAAACCGCUGUACAUGUUCGAAACCAACACAGCCGCAUGCGGCGGCUUCCCCGGCAUCUCCGACUCGUUCGGGGCCGGACUAUGGGUGACCCGACUGGGCACUCAAGCUCACCAGCACAGGGUUCAGCUCGACGCUGCUGCACGUUGGGGGCCAGGGGCGACUAUUACAAUCCGUUCACGCCCCCCCGCCCACGAACCAGUCGACGUUUCGGCAGUGGACGACCGGGUGUUUGGCAAGAGUGGAAAGAGUCGGAUUAUGGAUUUGGGCGCGAAUGCGGGGGAGGAUUUGACGCUUGGGUAUGUGGUGUAUGAGGAUGGGGUCCCGAGCCGGGUGCUCUUGAUUAAUUAUGUGGACGAUCCGUCGGGUGCGCAUGAUAUCACGGCCAAUAUUCAGAUCGAGGGGGGUGCGCAAUUGUCCCAGGUCCGAGUCAGGUAUUUCGAGGCUCCGAGCGUGAGCUUUAAAGGGAACAUGACCUGGGCCGGACAAACACUCGGAAACCACUUUGAAUCAGACGGAAGACUCAAAGGCGAAGAAGUCGUACACACCAUCCAGUGCAACCCAAGGACAAACCAAUGUCCAGUGCGACUCAAAGCACCCUCUCUGGCACUCAUAUUCCUCACCCCCACCGCAUUCGAAAACUCAUCCCCAGCCAAGGACGCGACAGCCAGCUUCGAGACGAGCUUCCGGACCCGGGUGAGAUAUACCGCCACGGUCAACCAGGCGGUGCUUUCGGCGAGCAACGGGCGGGGCGGGGCAAGUGGACAUCGGGUGGAGAGUACGAGUUUCGGGAGUGUGGGGAAUGGGGUCGUCGCGGGGUUGGGUGUUCCUGGGACCGGGCUGAUGAUUGGGUUGGUGAUAGGUGUGGCGCUGGUGGUGAUGAAUUAUGGACGGUAG